GACGCGCCGGGGGCCGCCGCCGCCGCCGCCUUCCCGGCCUCGGCCGCCUCGUUCUCGUCGCGCUGGCGCUGCCCGAGCCACUGCAUCUCGGCGCUCAUUCAGCUCAACCACACGCGCCGCGGGCCCGCCCUGGAGGACUGUGACUGCGCCCAGGACGAGAACUGCAAGUCCACCAAGCGCGCCAUUGAGCCGUGCCUGCCCCGGACGAGCAGCGGCGGCUCGGGCGGCCCGGGCGCGGGCGGGGUCAUGGGCUGCACCGAGGCCCGGCGGCGCUGCGACCGCGACAGCCGCUGCAACCUGGCCCUCAGCCGCUACCUGACCUACUGCGGCAAGCUCUUCAACGGGCUGCGCUGCACCGACGAGUGCCGCACGGUCAUCGAGGACAUGCUGGCCGUGCCCAAGGCGGCGCUGCUCAACGACUGCGUGUGCGACGGCCUGGAGCGGCCCAUCUGCGAGUCGGUCAAGGAGAACAUGGCCCGCCUGUGCUUCGGGGCCGAGCUGGGCAACGGCCCGGGCAGCAGCGGCUCGGACGGGGGCCUGGACGACUACUACGACGAGGACUACGACGACGAGCAGCGCGCCGGGGGCGCGGGCGGCGAGCAGCUGCUGGACGACGACGACGGCGUCCCCUACUUCAGCCACCACCUCCUGGUAGAUGUUUCCACACCUGCUCUGUGUCUGUUCUGCAAGUCGAGGUCCCCCUGGAUGCAUCUUCCCAACUGGAACCCCUAA